AUGACCCAACAAAAGAAGACCAUUGCGGUCGUGAACGCCACGGGCCGACAGGCCGCCUCGCUCAUCCGCGUCGCCUCCGCUGUCGGACACUCUGUGCGCGCCCAAAUCCACUCCCUCAAAGGCAUCAUCGCCGAGGAGCUCGAGAGUCUCCCCAACGUCACCCUGUUCCAGGGUCCUCUGCUCGACAAUGUCCCCCUCAUGGACUCCCUCUUCGAGGGCGCCAACCUCGCCUUCAUCAAUACCACGUCGCAAUCGGGCGACGAAGUCGCGAUCGGCCGUGCGCUCGCCGAUGCCGCCAAGCGAGCCGGAACAAUUCAGCACUACAUCUACAGCAGCAUGCCAGAUCACUCCGUCCACGGACCUUGGCCUCCCGUGCCGCUAUGGGCCCCCAAAUUAAUGGUCGAGAAUUACAUCCGUCAGCUGGGCUUGCCUGCGACGUUCGUCUACACCGGCAUCUACAACAACAACUUCACAAGUCUACCGUAUCCGCUCUUCCAGAUGGAGCUGAUGCCGGACGGAAGUUUCGAGUGGCAUGCGCCGUUUGAUCCGGAUAUUCCGUUGCCGUGGUUGGAUGCGGAGCAUGAUGUUGGUCCGGCGUUGCUGCAGAUCUUCAAGGACGGGGUGAAAAAGUGGCACGGUCACCGAAUCGCCCUCACGUUUGAAACGCUCUCCCCCAACCAGGUCUGUGCGGCCUUCUCCCGCGCAUUGAACCGCCCUUGCAACUACGUCCGCGUGCCCAAGAUCGAAGUCAAAGUAAAUAUCCCGUCGGGAUAUCGGGAACAGUUGGAGGCCUUGGAAGAGGUGUUCGGCCGGUGCGACGCGCCUUACUUCCCGCAACCCGAAUUCUCCCGCCCUGCAGCAGGCUCCCCCAAAGGACUGGGACCGGCCAAUGGCAAGGGGGCUGGCGCGGGAAUGAUGCAGGGUCCCGGAGGUGUGAUAUCGCUUCGAGUCACCGACGAGGCUCGGCACCUAUGGCAAGGUUGGCGAGACAUGGAGGAGUACGCGCGGGAGGUUUUCCCCGUCGAAGAAGAGGCCAACGGAUUGGACUGGAUGCUGUAG